GUCAGUCAGACUUGACUUGAGACUUGAGGUUCAGCCUAAGUUACAUUGAACCCUUAAGACAACGCCACGAUGGUUGAAUGGACAGAUGCCGAGCGGAGAUACGUCGAGGCGGUCUGGAGCAAGAUCGACAUUGAUGUCUGCGGACCACUCGCGUUGCAGAGAUGCCUGAUUGUGUAUCCGUGGACGCAGCGCUACUUCGGUGGCUUUGGCGACUUGAGCACCGACACCGCUAUUAUGGGAAACCCCAAGGUGGCCAAGCACGGCGUCGUGGCCCUGACCGGCCUGAGGACGGCUCUGGACCACAUGGACGAAAUCAAGACCACCUACGCUGCCCUGAGCGUGCUGCACUCCGAGAAACUGCACGUCGACCCCGACAACUUCCGACUGCUGUGUGAGUGCCUGACCAUUGUCGUCGCCGGGAAGAUGGGGAAGAAAAUGAGCCCAGAAAUGCAGGCUGCGUGGCAGAAGUACCUGUCCGCGGUGACUUCCGCCCUGGGGAGACAGUACCACUAGAAGAUGUGUGCUGACGCUAGGGGGGGACAACAGCAAGCUACAACUUCAGUGACAAACCCAAAAUGGAUGAUUUCAUCAAUAAAACGAUUUUCGUCAAUAAAA